UCUCCAACAGUGAAUGCAUUCUCAGCUCCCAGUGCAUACACUGAAGACAGCCAUGUUGUGGAAGGUGUUCCUACUUGUGGGGCUUAUUGUGCUGGGGAUUCAUGAAUGCAGCUUCAAAUUUAUCGAAACCAACAAGAAUGAUGAGUAUUUUGUCAUUUCUGUGGAGUAUGUCGUGUUUCACUUCAAUGAAAACCAGGACGAUAAUUUUGCCUACAAGUUCCUGAGAGUCCGGAGAAGCCAGCGUGAGAAAAAUAAUUUGAUAUAUUUAAUAGACCUGGAGAUGGGCCGUACAAUUUGUGAGAAACACGAUGAAGACAUUGACAAUUGUCCAUUGCAGGAAGGCCAAGGAAAGAGAAAGGCACGCUGCACUUAUAUUUUGGAGCCUCAAGCAUGGAUAACUCAGUUCACCAUCUUGAACAGUACCUGUGUGAAAACUUAAGUGGGGCAGAGGUCUCUAUGUACCUGUAGCCAAAGUCCCCUUUCCUCUGAGGGUGACUGUAGUCUAAGGUCUAUUUUAGAACCAACACAAUUAAAGUCAUCUCACAGAACA